UACCAAAUAACAUAAACAAAAACAAAGAGGGUCAUGCUCAUUGGUCCCAAUAUUGGGGGGUCCAAUGUAUAAGAGCCCCAGAACAUAAGAAGUCAUCAGAAUCAGAGAAACUCACCUCUGAACUCACACUCACCCUUGAAGAGAAAUUCACCUUUGGUCCCUGACACCAUGUGCUGCUCCCCUUGUUGCCAGCCCACCUGCUGUGGGUCCAGCUGUGGUGGGUCUAGUUGCUGCUGCCAGCCUUGCUGCCGCCCAACCUGCUGUCAGACCACCUGCUGCAGGACCACCUGCUGCCAGCCUUGCUGCCAGCCUUGCUGCCGCCCUUGUGUGAGCAGCUGCUGCCAGCCUUGCUGUCGCCCUUGCUGUGUGAGCAGCUGCUGCCAGCCAUGCUGCCGCCCUUGCUGUGUGUCCAGCUGCUGCCAGCCUUGCUGCCGCCCUUGCUGUGUGAGCAGCUGCUGCCAGCCUUGCUGCCGCCCUUGCUGUGUGAGCAGCUGCUGCCAGCCCUGCUGCCAGCCUUGCUGCCGCCCAACCUGCUGUCAGACCACCUGCUGUAGGACCACCUGCUGCCAGCCUUGCUGCCAGCCUUGCUGCCGCCCUUGUUGUGUGAGCAGCUGCUGCCAGCCUUGCUGCUGUAGCACUCCUUGCUGCUAGCGCAGCAGCUGCGGGUCCAGCUGCUACAGAUCCAGCUGCUGCCAGCCAGUUUGCUGUUGUCCCGUGUACGUCCACAGAACCUGCUACUACCCCACCUGCUGCUGUGUGCCUGGGUGCAUAACCUAUGGCUGUGGAUCUGGCUGUGGCCAGUCCUGCUGCUGCUGCUGA